AUGGAGAAUCUCCGAGCCUCAUCGUUAUCAGUAUCGCCAACUAGGAGCAAGUUUGUGAAUCGUGUCCCUAAGCAGAUCCAGCGGUGCCUACCGAUGUAUAUUGCAUUCAUCGUCUUCAUCAUCUUGAUUACGAAUCUCGACGUCUGGGAAUCAUCCUCGACUUCGAUAGACAUUGUCAAACGGAAUGUCGCUGUACAGCAACAACAAUAUGCCGCGGCGGCAGGAAGCACCAAGUUACCUGUUAUACCGGAGACGUUCCCCCGGAAGAUCUGGCAGACCUGGAAGGUUGAUGUUCUAGCCUUUGAAGAGCGGGACUUGAACCGUGCUAUGACAUGGACUAAGAAUAAUCCUGGCCAUCGGUAUGAGGUGCUUACUGAUAACAACGACAUGUACUAUGUCGAGACACACUUCGGUCGCAAUGGCAUGAACCGUCCGGACAUUGUCGACAUGUACCGAUCACUUACUGCGAGAAUCAUUAAGGCGGAUCUCUUGCGAUACCUGAUCAUGUACGCAGACGGGGGAGUCUACGCGGAUAUCGAUGUUGAGAACCUGAAGCCGAUCGAGCGCUGGCUGCCCAAGCGCUUUGAAGAGAAGGACGUCGACAUCGUGAUUGGCGUCGAGGUCGACGAGCCCAGUUUCGCUGCGCAUCCAAUCCUCGGGCAAAAGUCCCGGUCAUUCUGCCAAUGGACUUUCAUGUGCAAGCCUGGAAACCCGUUCAUGCUGCGUUUGAUCGAUGGUAUUCUGGACUGGCUCAAUGGCAUCGCUGAGAAGGAAGGCAAAGCCAUUGGAGAGAUCGUCUUGGAAUUCGACGAUGUUAUUACGGGGACGGGCCCGUCUGCGUUCACCUUGGCCGCUCUGGCGGAAAUGAGUAAGCGCGAGGGUAAGGAAAUCACCUGGGACACCUUCCACAACCUGGACGAGGCCGUUCUGGUCAAGGGGAUGCUGGUGAUGAACGUGGAAGCCUUUGCUGCUGGUCAAGGCCACUCGGAUUCUGGGGAUCACAACUCGCGAUUCGCGCUUGUCAAGCACCUAUAUCACGCAUCGGCCUGGACGGACGCGCACCCGCGCCACACACAUCCUGCUUACGGCGAGGUUGAGAAGUGCAACUGGGACCCCGAAUGCGUCGCCAUGUGGGAUGUCAACACUGCCGCUUACGAGAAGCUCUUCGAGAAGGAUAAGGCCAAGCUGAUCGAGAUCAAGAAGGCCACUGAUGAAGCUGACAGGGUCAAGGCACAACAACAGGCGAGGUUCUUAGAGGGACUGAAUAAGAAGGAGGAAGCAGCGAAACCCAAGUUCGAUAUACCCGUGCUUGAAGCCGCAAUACCAGCAGCUGGCGAACAAGCACCGCUCGCCGAUGGAGGACCAGCAGUAGCAGCACUUCUUGAGGCGGCCUGA